CAAACGGAUUGCCGAAUUGGAGCGCAUAUUGAACGAAAAAACGGUUCAAAUUAAUGAACUGAUGAAAGAAGGCGAACAGUUGGCGCAGUCGCAGCUGAAAGCAAACACUGCAAUAAAACAGUUGCGGGCCAAAGAAAAGGAGUCGAAAAAAUCGGAACGUGUUUUGAGCGAGAAGAACGAGCAACUGAACAGCCAGCUGGAGCGUUUACGAAAUGAUCUGCGCGCAAGGGACGAUAUUGUUCGCGAGCUGACAAGUCAAUUGGAGCACCUGACAAAAAUCACUCAAACUCAGGAAGCCGAAUUGCAGACCGUCAAGGUGCAGUGUUCUCACUCAGAAUCCAGUUUGCAAGAAAAGGAAAACCAAAUUGAUGGUCUCAAACGUGACCUUUUGGGUUUACAGAAUCAGUUGACAGAGGCGGAGGCGCGUGCAGAACACGGAGCCCGGUCAUCUGCUAGUGAACAAGCGCUCCGNGAACAGUUAGAUGCGACCCGUAUCGAGUGUAAUUCGCUCAAACGCAGCUCGGACGAACGUAAUUCACAGUGGCGUGAGGAACGAGACUACUAUCAGGUUCCGGAAUCGCAGAAAACUGCUGAAGUUGCCUCAGAGUCCGAACGGGUUACUCGUCAAUUGCUUUGUGUAACGGAGAAAAAUAUCAACGAAUUGAACAGCAAUCUGACGAAUUUACGUGCAGAGAAUCAACGUCUGCAGGAGCGUUUGGAUACAAUGAAUAAACAGCUUCUAUCCGAGCGUCGAGAAAAAUCAGAUUUAUCUUCACAAUUGGCGAAACUCACUGCCGAGCGUCGUGCGGAUACUGACUCUGUCCGUGAGUUGCGUGCCCAACUCCAGCAAGAACGAGCAGCGCAUGAAAUUACAAUGCACGAAAGCAAGCUUCUUGAGAAUCAGAUUCGCCAGUUACGAGAUCAUGCUGCUGUACAGUCAAACAAAGCAGAUGCAACUGACGAUGUGUCAUCUCAAUGUUCGAAUGAAGUGAAUGAUCCGUUUUCUAUUAAAAACCGAACGGAAACGACUGGGGUGAGUGUCUGGCUAAUUAGAUCUAUCAUGGAUGUUGGUGGCAUUGGGGAUUAA